CGACGCAAAGCAGGGUCGGUGAAGUUUGGCCAUAGGCCGAUACCGAGAACGUUUCGAUUACAUAGCCAUACAACUAUUCCAGACUAUCCUAGAGCAGUGCUUUAUAGGAACCAAUAAUAGGCUAACAGAAAAAAAAGAAGCCAACAGAAUAGUGAUUGAAAAUGAAGUGGUUGGGUGUCGUUCUGCUUGGAACGGUUCUUGUUGUCGCGCAGAACAGGACGGAUAAUAGGAAAAAUCAAAGGCCUGAUGUGAACAGAAAUCGUCGUCAAACGCCUUUUGAUUCUUUUUUCAAUCGCGUUGGUGUACCAAAUCGAGGUGAUUUAACCCCUUUUAGCGUCGAUGGAAUGUUCGCUGUUGCUCCCUACGGAAAUCAACAGCCUUGGUGGAAAGGCUCAAACGUCUGUAUGACAAAAAAGGAGGAAGAAGUCGAAGGUAUUUCUCCUGAGAACCUCUUGUUUUCCCUUCAGUCGACUCAGUGCUCAGAAUCACCAACGACUCACACCUGUAUCACCAAGAUCCGCACUGCAAACGAAAGCAAAAAUGUCAUUGAGAAGUACACUUGCUGUCAUGGAUUUACACGCCGUCAGGAUGGGCCAGGGUGUAUUGAAGCUGACCUCAAAGACCUAAGUGAGGCACUAAAAAUUAUUGGCACCACAGAAUUUGGGAAAUUUGUAGACGAUUCAAAAGUUACCAAGCGGAGCGGUUCAGACGUAAACGUAACCGUGUUCGCGCCUACCAACAAUGCCAUUAAGAAACUCGAAGCGAAGAAAGCUGAAGGUGGAAACGGCGAAGGGGAGAACGAGGUAAGCUCAGCAGAUAUGGCCAGCGCGCAUAUGCUCGAGGGAUACUUCCAACUGGCUGAUCUGGUCGACGAACAAAAAAUUGCAACACUCGACGACAAGAGCUCUAUUCGAUUUAAUGAAUUCUACAAUCCUCACAAGGUGCUCACAGCUAACUGCGUGCCCAUCGUUGCGGCUGAUAACUUCCACAAAAACGGAGUAAUUCAUGUCGUUGAUGGCUUCCUGCCUAUCCCAACGAAAACCGUUAAAGAAGUACUUAGCAGCGACCCUCGAUUUUCCACCUUUAGCGAAAUUCUUGGCAUGAGCGAGCUGGUAGACAAACUUGAUGACCAGGAAGCUCAUUAUACAGUAUUUGCACCCACCGAAGACGCCUUCAAGGGUAUUGAUGCUGAGACCCUAGAAAUGUGGAAAAAAGGAGAGGGUUGCGUGGAUCAACUGCUUCAAGGACACAUAGUGCCUCACACAAUCUGCACAUCAGCUGUACCGCAACAAGCCCGUGUCCGCAAUGUCCUACGAGUACCAAUCAUGUUGCAGAAGAGUCCGGAUGGUCGCGUUACUGCGGAGGGCGUCGAAAUUGAAGAGAAAGACAUCAUCGCAACUAACGGAGUCGUGCAUGCACUCAAAAACGUCAUGCUUUCGCAGACAAGCAAAUCCCUCCUCGAUACCCUUAAAGCUCACAAGCUCAUUGAUCUCGUCCAUCUCAUUGAUAGCAACGAACUUACCGAGCGUCUUAACGGAUUGAAAAACUUUACCUUCUUUGCUCCUACAGAGGAAGCAAUCAAGGAUGUGUCGCUUAAAGAGUGGGAUUCGAUGAAGGCCGAACAAAAAAUUCAGGCUCUAUUUCUAUACCAUACAACUGAGAGUAAAGUUGGCCUAAAGUCCUUAUUUAAUAAUAUGAUCAUGAAUUCGCAGCUUGAAAAGGCGCAGAUUCGUGUUAACGUCUAUUCUCGUAAUAACAACUUUGAUGAUGCGACGUAUAGUGCUCAGUGUGCACGUAUUGUCAGUCGGCCCAUUGACGUCUGUGGUGGCUCUAUUUAUUUUGUCGAUAAGGUGCUUCGUCAACCCGAAACGUCAAUUUGGACCCUUAUUGAGAACAACAAGAACCUGCAGGUGUUCCGCAAGCUGGUCACAAAAGCCGGUCUCGAAAGUCAACUUAAAGAGAAUACGGGUCCUUUCACUGUUCUGGCUCCCACUGACGAGGCCUUCAAAAAGCUAACGCGCGAUGAAAUGGAGGCUCUAGAGAAGGGCGAUGGCGUCGAAGCUCUUGUGAAAACGCACAUCCUUACCGAUAUGCUGUGCUCAGCAGGUGUUAACUAUAACAGCGCCUUUGCUGUGCAGGAACACAGAAAUCUAGAUGGGAAAUCCGUGUCCGCUCAAAGGUCACUACGUGGUCACGUGUAUUUUGGAGGUGCACGCGCUGAAGACAAAGACCUAACGGCUAACAAUGGAGUCGUGCACAUCAUUGACCGUGUACUUAAUGCUCAGCCUGAACAGAAGCCACAACCUGCACAUGCUCAGUCUCAAGGACCUCAACCUCAGGGAACUGAAAAUCGUCGCUACGUUUCAUUCGAGUUCCCCCACUUUUGAACCGCUUGCAAAUAACACUCGCCUAAAUUUAUGCAAGCCAGCUGACUGCUAGAAAUUGUGAGUCGACCCGAAUGAUCCCGAAGGUUACACAAAACAAUCGACAUACAUCUGUCAUACACAUGACUAUAGGAUUGCGUCAAGCGACCGUAACGACUGGAGGAAACAAAGCUAUUUAUUUCGUCUGGAAAAACCAUUUGACGUGGUAUAACAAGUACUGUUUCAUAUACGAAGUGCUUUUUAGGAAAUGCUAUACUGAAAUUAAAUUAAUAUGUAUGAGAAGUGAGUCGAUAAGAAGUAAGAACGUGAAUAUAAAUAGGAUUUAAAAUAUCUACUACAUAUCGAAGCCAUAUGAUUGGCGCUGCACUCAAGGUCAAACUUAUCAUAACGGACUCCGUUAUGACAUGAGCGCCACUCUGAAUACUUUGUUGUGUUCACGACGCGACAGAGUCUAUAAUGUAAAAAUAUAAAGACUUGAAUAUACUUUGCCUCGUGAUUCAAUAAUAAAUUAUUUAAUAACGUUAU